CCCUCUCAUCACAGCACAAUGAGUAGAUGGUUGCACUGCACAAGAAGAAACAACAAAGAUCUCUAUUCUCCACCUUCUUCAUCUUCGCCUUCAGCUCAGAGCACAAACCCGACCCGAUUCCUUGAUCCGAACCCGAUCCAUUCCGUUAAAUGGAGUCCAUACUGGGUCGGGCUCUGGAGUACACUCUCAAGUACUGGCUCAAAUCCUUCACCCGUGAACAGUUCAAGCUUCAAGGCCACACCGUUCACCUCUCCAAUUUAGAUAUCGACGGCGACGCCUUGCAUUCCAGCGUCGGAUUGCCGCCGGCGCUCAACGUCGCCUCCGCCAGAGUUGGCAAACUCGAGAUAACGCUUCCGUCGGUGAGUAAUGUGCAAACGGAGCCGAUUGUUGUGGAAAUUGAUAGACUCGAUCUGGUUCUGGAGGAGAAUUCGGAGUCUGAUGAAUCUCCAAGUCAAAACAGUUCUUCUACGCCGUCGGCGGCCGCGGCUAAAGGAAGCGGUUAUGGUUUUGCUGAUAAGAUUGCAGAUGGCAUGACUAUACAAAUACAUACGGUUAAUCUAUUACUUGAAACCCGUGGUAGUUCUCGUCGCCAAGGGGGAGCAGCAUGGGCACCACCUAUGGCAUCUAUUACUGUACGCAACCUUUUGCUGUAUACCACAAAUGAAAACUGGCAGGUUGUUAAUCUUAAGGAAGCACGGGAAUUCUCCAGUAACAAGAAGUACAUAUAUGUCUUCAAAAAAUUGGAAUGGCAAUCUUUGUCUAUUGAUCUUUUGCCUCAUCCUGACACGUUCACAGAUCCCACAUUUGACCAUUCUCAAGAUGGAUCAAACCUGAGGGAUGAUGAUGGUGCAAAACGAGUAUUCUUUGGAGGAGAACGUUUUAUAGAAGGAAUAUCGGGAGAAGCAUAUAUAACAAUUCAGAGAACUGAGUUGAACAGUCCUCUCGGACUUGAGGUUCAAUUGCACAUAAAUGAAGCUGUUUGCCCUGCAUUAAGUGAACCAGGACUACGUGCAUUUCUCCGCUGUAUGACAGGAGUAUAUGUUUGUCUAAACCGAGGUGAUGUUGAUUUCAAGGCUCAGCAGCUAUCCACUGAAGUGGCUGGGCGCUCUCUUGUCUCAAUUGUAGUAGAUCAUAUAUUUCUUUGCAUUAAAGAUACUGAGUUCCAGCUUGAGCUUUUGAUGCAGUCCCUCUUUUUUUCUCGCGCCAGUCUUUCUGAAGGAGAUAAUGACAAGAACUUGACCAGGAUUACAAUUGGUGGAUUAAUUUUAAGGGACACCUUUUCUUGCCCUCCAUGUGCCUUAGUGCAACCAUCAUUGCAAGCUGUCACAGGAAAUACUUUUCAUGUGCCAGAAUUUGCCAAAAGCUUUUGCCCUCCAAUAUAUCCUUUACAAGAGCAGCAAUGGCAGUUGACUGAGGGAACCCCUCUAAUAUGCCUCCAUGCUCUUCAGACCAUGCCUUCUCCACUCCCACCAUCCUUUGCUUCUCAAACUGUUAUUGACUGCCAGCCUCUUAUGAUUCAUCUGCAGGAAGAAUCAUGUCUGAGGAUAUCCUCUUUGUUAGCUGAUGGAAUAGUUGUCAGCCCUGGUGACAUUUUACCAGAUUUCUCAUUGAAAUCUUUUAUUUUCUCUCUCAAGGGACUGGAUGUUACUGUUCCUUUUACUGACAUGGACAAUACAGCCCAGACCUCCUUUGCUGGAGCAAAGCUUAAUAUCGAAAACCUGUUCUUUUUAGACUCACCCACAUUGAAACUAAGAAUGCUGAACCUUGAGAAGGAUCCUGCUUGCUUCUGUCUUUGGGAAGGUCAACCGAUUGAUGCUAGCCAGAAGAAGUGGACUGCCAGAGCAUCCCAGCUUACUUUGUCUCUGGAAGCAUCUACCGGUAUAUCCAGACAUCAAAAUUCCCAUGGACAGACUGCACAAUUGUGGAGAUGUGUUGACCUGAAAGAUACUUGCAUUGAAGUAGCUAUGGCAACUGCAGAUGGCAGUCCAUUGUUAGAAGUUCCUCCUCCAGGGGGUAUUGUCAGGGUUGGAGUUGCUUGCGAACAGUAUUUGUCCAACACUUCUGUGGAACAGUUAUUUUUUGUCCUAGAUCUCUACGCUCAUUUUGGGAGAAUUAGUGAAAAGAUAGCAAUGGCUGGAAAAAGGAAACAAUUGGAGGACAUUAGGGGCAAAUCAUUUAAUGGAAAGCUGGUGGAUAAGGUUCCUAGUGACACUGCUGUGAGUUUAGCAGUGAAAUACCUCCAACUUCGAUUUCUGGAGUCUUCUCCAGUGAAUGUUGAGGGUAUGCCUUUAGUGCAAUUCGUUGGAGAUGAUCUGUUAACUAGUGUCAAACAUAGAACCCUUGGUGGGGCUAUUGUUGUUUCAUCUACUUUACGUUGGGAGAGUGUUGAGAUAUGUUGUGUGGAUGCUGAGGGGCACUUGUCAUAUGAAAAUGGCUCAUUCUUGAGUUCUAGCAAAAAUGCUCCCUCUCCAAUUGAUGAUGGAUAUCCUCAACUAAGAGCUGUUUUCUGGGUGCACAAGAAUGAGAAACAUAUAUUGAAUGCGAACGCUCAUCCAGUCCCGUUUCUGGACAUAAACAUGGGUCAUGUCAUACCAUUACAUGAACAAGACAUGGAGUCUCAUAGUUUGAAUGUCUCAGCUUCUGUAUCUGGGGUUCGUCUUGCUGGAGGAAUGAACUAUGCUGAAGCCCUCCUGCAUAAGUUUGGAAUACUUGGGCCUGAUGGAGCCCCUGGGGCUGGUCUUUGUAAAGGCUUGGAAAAUUUACAAAAAGGACCAUUAUCAAAACUAUUUAAGACAACUCCUCUAAGUGGUGAUGAUUCAGAAGAUGGUAUGAAAGCAGUGGGAGAAACCAGUUUCCCACACUUGAAGAAGCCAGAUGACGUGGAUGUAACUAUAGAAUUGAGAGGCUGGUUGUUUGCUCUUGAAGGUUCGCAAGAUAUGGCUCAAAGGUGGUGGUUCUCUAGCCUUGAAGAUGAAGACAGAGAAGAGAGGUCUUGGCACACAUCUUUCUCUGGUUUGCGAGUAAAUGCAAAAAGCAACCCAGAAAAUGUUUCAGAUGGAAAAGCACAAUUGCGCAGAAUACAGCAGAGUCCAGUAGAGCUGGUUACGGUUGGAGUUCAAGGGCUACAAAUCAUGAAGCCUCAUACCCAAAAAGACACACCUUCAGCAAUGCCAAUUGCAAAUGGGGUUAAAGAAUUUACUGACACAGUUGGAGGAAUUGGUCUUGAAGCUCGCUUGAUAUUAUGUGAGGAGAACUUUGAUGAUGAAAUGACUAAUUGGGAAGUGGAAAACCUAAAAUUCUCUGUUAAACAGCCGAUUGAGGCUGUUGUAACCAGGGAUGAGCUUCAGCACCUCACUUCUUUGUGCAAAUCUGAACUCGAUUCAAUUGGCCGGAUAACUGCUGGAAUUAUACGAUUGUUGAAGCUUGAAGGUUCUGUUGGUCAGUCUGUAAUAGAUCAACUCGGCAACCUAGGAAGCGAAGGCAUUGACAGGAUUUUCUCUUCUGAAAAGGUUAGUAGAGACGGUAGUGUGGGUAGUAGAGGACUUUCUCCAUUCGCAUACCAGAUAAACGAAGAACCGAACAAAACUACAGAACAAACUUUCACUUUGCUUGAGGAAGCAGUUUCAGAUUCACAGGCUAAACUUAAUGAUUUAAUCAAUGAUAUCGGUACUUCAGCAGAGUCUUCUUCAUCUCAACGCCUUACCCUCAUCACCCUGAGUCAAAAGAUAGGGACUAUGCAGGACUUAUUGACGCAAUUACGGAAUCAACUUUAACGUCCUUCCGUCAUUUUUGCUGUAUAAAUAUAAUCAAAUGAUUUUUGAACACAGGUUUCAAAUUUUGUGCAUAUAUAUAUAUAUAGCAUACAAGUCCUUGUUGAGUAUUGUACAAGUUAGGCAAAUCAAGCCUCCUAUUUGGUGUAACAGAAAAUUUUGAUCCCUUGAGCAAAAAUUGCAAUAGAGUUGUGAAGUCUCAUAUUCUUUGGCA